AUGGGCUCAGAUAUAAAUAUGAAAGAUGCAGCUGGCUGGACUCCUCUUACAAGAGCAAUUGUAUUAAAAUCUAAUAUUGAAGUAAUUGAAGAACUUUUAAACAACAACGCAGAUAUUUUUGCCAAAGAUAAAAAUGGGAAAACUGCUUUAAGUUUGGCAAAACUGGAGGGAAACGAAUGCAUUGUUGAUAUUAUUUUCAAAUAUGAGAUGAAAAUAAAGGAACAAACACAAAUAAUAGAAAACCAUGCACAGAGAAAUAAUUUUCUGCGAAAUUGUGAAGAUGUUGAAAAAAGCACUAUUUCGACUAAAAAUGAAGAGAAACAACAAAACGAGGAAUGUCAUAAAAAAUAAGCUGUUAUAAAACAUCAC